AUGGACGUCACAGCGACCGUCGAGACUUUCACUAGCGGCUCGCUCACAAUCCCACACAUGACCAUGACUGCAAAGGAUAUCCCAUGCCCAGCACCUGUUCUGUUGAAGAACUUUGAUGAUUGUCACAUCCCUGGUGGGACGGACCUUUGGGCCAGUGAUGGUUUCUACUCUCCUGGACGAUGUUUCUCCGGGUAUGCGGGCAUGUGUACGCAGACGGCUCCAUUGUGGUCGCUGGUAGAGGGAGAGACCGCCGUGCGCUGCAUCCCAUCUGGCUACGACUGCAAUUCCCCGGGCGCUGAUCCAAAGUAUGCCAUCUCUGAAUACGAUGAUCUUGUCCUGUCCGCGCCCGCGUUUGAGAUCCGGUGGAGGAGCGAGGACGUGAAGACCCUGACGGGGUACCAAUCUUCAACAACAAAGAGCGGAUCAAUCGUGAAGCACGGGAGACCGACUACAUUAACAACAGCGUCGCAGACGAAGACAAGCCUAGCAACUUCCGGGACAUCAUCUGGCAUCGCGACGCCCAAUUCUGGGCAGGCCACAUCCAUUUCUAUGUCGGAAACUUCUGCGAUAUCGAAUCCCACGCAGUCCAAUAACUCUCCUUCAUUGAGCUCUAUCGCAGGAAUAGUGGUAGGUGCUCUUCUCGGAAUACUCGGCGUCGCUCUGAUUACGGUGUAUUUGGUCUUUCAGAUCCGAAGGGCUAAGCGGGAUGCCCCAUCCGAGGACAGUUCGGCGAGCGCAAUUCCGCGUGGUUUCCUAGAGUCAACGUCUGAAGCUUUAGGUCUGCGAGGACCAGCUGAGCUGGGUGACGAGCCCAAAGAGCUCGCGGCCCAUGCAUCUCGCCGGCCGUUGGGUGAAGAUCCCCGUUUGUCAGGAGGUUCUUACCCCGGGAUUGUGUCCUUGAACCAGUUCCCAGUCGAGCUUGAGGGACAUGCUGCAGGCGGGGUAAAUAUGGGAGAGAAGCCGAGACCGCCUUGA